GGUACUGCUGUUGCCGCUCGCGCUCAACACGAGCGAGGGAAAUUAAGUUGGUAGCGUAUGCAACAAAGGACUUUUACAGUAGUUACGUAAAUUAAUUUCGCGUUAAAUAUCGCGUGCCUCCGUGCAGCUGUUGGCGCGGGCGAAAGUUCGUUGUCGUACGCCGUGAAAAAUGAAAGGGAAGUAGUUUGCGGAGAAUGGCUGCAGCUCAGUGCGGACGCUGGAGUUACGAAGGCUCAGCGAACAUUUCAGACAGCGAAUCCGAGGACGAGCCCGAGCUCCCACUCAACCAGUUCUAUCCGUACAUACGCUGCGCUUUGUGCUGCGGCUUCCUCAUCGACGCCACCACCAUCACUGAAUGUCUGCACUCAUUUUGCAAAAGCUGUAUCGUGAAGCACUUCUUCUCCAGCAACCGGUGUCCAACAUGUGGCAUCAUUGUCCACCAAACACAACCUCUUUACAACAUCAGGCCGGACAGAAAACUGCAGGAUAUCGUUUAUAAAAUGGUUCCUUUCCUGGAGGAACUGGAAAGAAAACAAAUGUGCAGCUUCUACAAAAAGAGAGGAUUGGACGUACCAAAGCCAGUGGUGAUCUCCUCCGCGCCUCCUGUCGUGGUGAAGAGGCAGAGGAAAGAAGUCUCUCCUCCGUCUGUGUCCAGUCUUCCUCCAGAGCUGGACGUCUCUCUGCUGCUGGAGUUUGUCGGAGCUGAAGAGGGCGUCAAGAACUAUAAGCCGCUGGAGAGGCCGUACGUCCGCGUGUCCGGUGAAGCCACCGUCCGCCACGUGGAGCUGUUCAUCAGGAGGAAGAUGGAGCUGAGUCCGACCUGUCAGGUGGAUGUGGUUUGUGGAGAUCACCUUCUUGAUCACUACCAGUCUCUGAAAGACGUGCAGACCACUGCAGGAGACGAGGGAAUACAGGACGGUCUGUUGGUGCUGCACUUUGGUUUGGUCCUGCCCUCUUGACCCUCACGGUCGAUUCCUAAGGGAAUAAAACUGUCGGUCAACGGUGACAGUUCAAUUCAACAACACUUCCAGACUUAUUUUUUUUCCGUUUGAAAACACUGGAAAGAGAACACGUUAUCUGUUCCUCUUUUAAAUGUCAAACGGUGGUAGCACCAAAUGUUCAAAUCAAACUCUUAAAAAUGACCGACACAUUGCGUUUUGAGUUUUAAAGAAAUGCCGGCGUGUUUAUUUUUUACCUCAGAAGUGGGGAAAAUGAGACGCUAACUUUUUAGGCGUUUGGUUCUUCCACUCCGCACGAGAACCUGACGUCUGCUGCAGAAACUGGAAAUUAACUGGGAUUUACUGAAACUGAUCUUUUUGAAAACCAGGGAGCCAUUUAUCACUUUUAUACCUAUAUAAAUAUAUCUAUAUUUCUGAUGUAAAGAUCCACUAUGCAACGUUCUGCCUCAAAAGACGUCAGGGAACAAAUGUUAACAUGUAAAAUAUAGCAUUAAAGUAUCAAUGUUCUUGAGAUGAGAGUGACUUUAUCGAGGUGUUUGUUUUUCGGUAUACGGUGCCUCAUCCGUUACAUUUGAGGACCCAAUGGAAACGUUAGACCCUGUUUAUAUCAAAAGAGCUGGAACUAAAGAUUAUUUAAAUAAUCUGUUGAUUAUUUUCUCAAUGAUUCAAUGUUUGGACCAUAAAAUGUUGAUUUGAUUUUUCCCAAAUCUGGAAUUGAUGAUGUUCUCAAAUGUCUUGUUUUUGGUCCAUAAAACAAAAUGUAUCAGUUUUAAUGAUUUCUUUGUUAUAUGGAGCAAGGAAACCAGCAACAAUUGUAGUUAAAGUGACAGUUUGUACAAUUUUGCAGUCUGGGGGAAAUGAAAAACAACAAUUCAUACAAUCGGCUCAUUUUACACUUGUAAAAACAUAAGAAAUGAUAACCCUAAUCCCCAAACUCUUACUCUGACCCAGAAUUAAAUUACAUGUUUUUAAACUUGUCUCUUAAAAAAGGAAGAGCUUUAAGUAGAUUUGGACCAAGCCUCCUGGACCUGUAAGUUAAUUUGAUGCAUACAUUUUAUUAGUAAUUAUAGAUAUUGUAGUUCUAUUUUGAUAAGUGAAGAUCAGUUAGUGUCUUUUUUAAUAACUACUCUUUGACAUUUUCUGGUAUUUUUUGCUCCCUUUAACAACAAUAUUUGUAAAAAAAAAAUUAAAAAAAUAUUUUCGUGGACAAAACAUGACAGCUCAGAGUAUCCUGACAUUGUGUGGACCCGAACAUCUAAUCAAUUAAUGAAGAAAAUAAUCAACCGUUUAAUCCAAGAUUUAAGAAUAAUCAUUAGCUGCUGCAGCCCUGUUUAUUAUGUCACGUUGUUUCCAUUGGUGUCACCAUCACUUUUGUUUUGUUUGACACGAGUGCUUAACUGUGACGAAUAGUUGUGUUUCAAGUUUCGCAUAUUAGCGCUUUAAGGGUUCACUGUGAUCUCCAGGUACUUGUGAUUUAAAGGGCUUUAAACAAAAUAGCUACCAAAGGUUUUUGUGUGUUCGUGUGAGGAGCUUGAGAAAGUCUUUGAUGGGGUUUUCUUACACUUACUUUUGUAAAAACACAAUGAAUAAAUUAAUUCACAACCAAA